CUUGAAAAAACCUAAAGACUCGCGUUGAGAGACAGACAAAACAAGGACUGUGUGUUUUGUUGUGCUCGCAGUCACAGGCUCUCUCGGUCUCGUGAAGCCAUUAGCAGAGAGAGAGACUAAAACCCUUAUCUCGCUUUCUUCGUUUCUACAUCAUCCUGGCGAUGACUACCUCCCAGGCAGCUCUUGCGACUCUGUUUUUAAACGGUUCCAAUAGACAAACAACGCUUCUGCAGAGAAGCUCAACAAGUCAAUUGUGGGGUUCCGUUAGAUUCCAAACCUCAAAGCUGCGGUCUUUGAAUUUGAACCGAACUAAAGCUGCUGUCUUGAGAUGCUCUACGCCUAGAGCAUCUCUUUCCGUUGUUGAGCAACCGAGCUUGGUUGAGAAGCCUGCUUCAGAGGUUAUCCACUACUACCGAGUGCCUUUGAUUCAAGAAAGCGCAAACGCUGAGCUUCUCAAGGCCGUUCAAACCAAAAUCAGCAACCAGGUUGUCGGUUUAUCAACUGAGCAGUGUUUCAACAUCGGUCUUGAAACUGAAUUAGCAGAAGAAAAGGUGUCUGUUCUGAAGUGGAUUCUUCAAGAAACAUUUGAGCCAGAGAAUCUAGGAACUGAUAGUUUUCUUGAGAGGAAGAAGCGGGAAGGACUCCACGCUACAAUCAUUGAAGUAGGUCCUAGACUCUCUUUCACAACAGCAUGGUCCACCAACGCAGUUUCGAUAUGCAGAGCUUGUGGUUUAAAUGAGGUGACUCGCUUGGAAAGGUCUAGGAGGUACCUCCUGUUCAGCCACGAGCCACUUUCAGAGAAUCAAACAAAUGAAUUUUCCGCAAUGGUUCACGAUAGAAUGACCGAGUGUGUCUACCCUCAAAAGCUGGUUUCGUUUGAGACGAAUGUGGUUCCCGAGGAAGUGAAGUAUGUGCCUGUGAUGGAGAAAGGGAGAGAGGCUUUGGAAGAAAUCAACCAGAAGAUGGGUUUGGCAUUUGAUGAGCAAGAUCUGCAGUAUUACACUAGGCUUUUCAGAGAUGACAUUAAGCGUAACCCCACCAAUGUGGAGCUGUUUGACAUCGCUCAGUCCAACAGCGAGCAUAGUAGACACUGGUUCUUCGCUGGGAACAUUGUUAUUGAUGGGGAGCCAAUGGAUAAGUCUCUUAUGCAGAUUGUAAAGAGCACUUGGGAGGCAAAUAGAAACAACUCAGUCAUUGGGUUUAAAGACAACUCCAGUGCUAUAAGAGGCUUCAUGGUGAACCAGCUACGUCCUCUCCUUCCUGGCUCCACUUGCUUACUCGAUCUCAGCGCACGUGAUCUCGACAUACUCUUCACUGCUGAGACCCACAACUUCCCUUGCGCGGUGGCUCCUUAUCCUGGCGCCGAGACAGGAGCUGGAGGUAGAAUCAGAGACACGCACGCAACUGGAAGAGGCUCCUUCGUGGUUGCAUCAACCUCUGGCUACUGUGUUGGGAACCUCAACAUGGAAGGCUCUUACGCUCCGUGGGAAGACUCGUCUUUCCAGUACCCAUCAAACCUUGCCUCACCGUUGCAGAUACUUGUAGACGCUAGCAACGGUGCGUCUGACUAUGGGAACAAAUUUGGAGAGCCGAUGAUUCAAGGAUACACCAGAACCUUUGGGAUGAGGCUGCCGAGCGGGGAGAGACGAGAGUGGCUGAAGCCGAUUAUGUUCAGUGCAGGUAUUGGACAGAUUGAUCAUACUCAUAUAACUAAAGGGGAACCAGAAGUUGGGAUGCUUGUUGUCAAGAUCGGUGGGCCUGCGUACCGUAUUGGUAUGGGAGGAGGUGCUGCCUCUAGUAUGGUUAGUGGUCAGAACGAUGCUGAGCUUGAUUUCAACGCUGUGCAGCGUGGAGACGCUGAGAUGUCUCAGAAGCUCUACCGUGUUGCCCGUGCUUGCAUUGAGAUGGGGGAGAAGAAUCCUAUUGUUAGUAUUCAUGAUCAAGGCGCUGGUGGGAACUGUAAUGUGGUGAAAGAGAUUAUUUAUCCCAAAGGUGCGGAGAUUGAUAUAAGAGCUGUUGUUGUUGGGGACCAUACCAUGUCGGUGUUGGAGAUUUGGGGAGCUGAGUAUCAAGAGCAAGAUGCUAUUUUAGUGAGAGCUGAGAGUAGAGAGGUUUUGGAGUCGAUAUGUAAGAGGGAGAGGCUUUCGAUGGCUGUACUUGGGACGAUUAAUGGAGAAGGUCGUUGUACUUUAAUAGACAGCACAGCUAAAGCGAAGUGUGAGAAGGAAGGCUUACCUCCACCUCCUCCUGCUGUGGAUCUUGAGCUGGAGAAGGUUCUUGGCGACAUGCCUAAGAAGACGUUUGAGUUCAAGCGCGUUGAUUACGCGCGGGAGCCGCUUGAUAUAGCUCCCGGGGUUACGUUGAUGGACUCUUUGAAAAGAGUUCUGAGGUUACCUUCGGUGUCUUCGAAGCGGUUCUUGACAACCAAAGUGGAUAGAUGUGUUACAGGUCUCGUCGCUCAGCAGCAAACAGUUGGACCGUUGCAGAUCACGCUUGCUGACGUUGCAGUGAUAGCGCAGACGUUCACUGAUCUAACGGGUGGUGCGUGUGCAAUUGGAGAGCAGCCGAUCAAAGGCCUGCUUGAUCCAAAGGCAAUGGCGAGACUAGCUGUUGGAGAGGCUCUGACGAAUCUUGUUUGGGCGAAGGUUACUGCGUUGUCUGAUGUUAAAGCUAGUGGUAACUGGAUGUACGCUGCUAAGCUUGAAGGAGAAGGCUCAGCGAUGUAUGACGCUGCGAUUGCCCUAGCUGAUGCAAUGAUUGAGCUUGGGAUUGCAAUUGAUGGUGGGAAAGAUAGUCUUUCGAUGGCAGCUCAUGCGGAUGGUGAGGUUGUUAAAGCUCCAGGGAACCUUGUGAUCAGCGCUUAUGUUACAUGUCCUGACAUCACAAAGACGGUGACUCCGGAUCUGAAGCUUGGAGAUGAUGCUGGUGGUGUUCUCUUGCAUGUUGAUUUGGCAAAGGGGAAGCGGAGGUUAGGUGGAUCAGCACUGGCUCAGGUGUUUGGUCAGAUUGGGAACGACUGUCCUGAUGUUGAUGAUGUUCCGUAUCUGAAAAACGUCUUCGAGGGAGUUCAAGCUCUCAUCUCAGAGGACUUGGUAUCUGCUGGACACGAUAUCAGCGACGGUGGACUCAUCGUAGCUGCUUUGGAGAUGGCUUUUGCUGGAAACAAAGGUGUAAGCCUUAACUUGGAUUCCAACGGGAUAAGCCUCUUUGAGACUUUGUUCUCUGAAGAGCUCGGUCUGGUGAUGGAGAUUAGCAAUGAGAACUUAGACGCUGUGUUGGAGAAGCUCCGUGGUUUUAAUGUUACCGCUGAGAUCAUUGGGAAAGUGACCGAGUCUCCUUUGAUUGAGGUGAAAGUAGAUGGAAUUACUCAUUUGAGUGAGGAAACGGCGUUCCUCAGAGACAUGUGGGAGGACACGAGUUUCCAGCUGGAGAAGCUUCAGAGACUAGCGUCUUGUGUGGAGAUGGAGAAAGAAGGUUUGAAGCUGAGGCAUGAACCUAACUGGAAGCUCUCAUUUACUCCUUCCUGGACCAAUGAUAGUUAUAUGUUUAAGGAUGUUAAACCGAGAGUAGCUGUGAUCCGAGAGGAAGGAAGCAAUGGAGACAGGGAGAUGUCAGCAGCAUUUUACGCUGCUGGUUUUGAACCGUGGGACGUGACAGUGUCUGACCUCUUAGCUGGAGCAAUCACUCUUGAUCAGUUCCGUGGGAUAGUCUUUGUUGGAGGGUUUAGCUACGCUGAUGUACUCGACUCAGCCAAAGGAUGGGCUGCUUCAAUAAGAUUCAACUCUCCUCUUCUAAGCCAGUUCCAAGAGUUUUACAAAAGACCAGACACGUUCACCCUCGGAAUCUGCAAUGGCUGCCAGUUAAUGGCCUUGUUAGGAUGGGUUCCAGGCCCUCAAGUCGGCGGGUCGCUCGACACGGCGCAGCCGAGGUUUGUCCAUAAUGAGUCAGGAAGGUUUGAGUGCAGGUUCACAAGCGUGACCAUUAAGGACUCGCCGUCGAUAAUGCUGAAAGGAAUGGAGGGAAGUACCUUAGGAGUUUGGGCGGCUCAUGGAGAAGGACGGGCUUAUUUCCCUGACGAAGGGGUCUUGGACCGUAUGCUUCACUCAGAUUUGGCUCCGUUGAGAUAUUGUGAUGAUGAUGGGAGUGUGACUGAGGCUUACCCUUUUAACCUCAAUGGUUCGCCGUUGGGGAUAGCUGCUAUAUGUUCGCCUGAUGGGAGACAUUUGGCGAUGAUGCCUCAUCCUGAAAGGUGUUUCUUGAUGUGGCAGUAUCCGUGGUACCCGAAGGGGUGGGAGGUUGAGAAAGCUGGGCCGAGUCCGUGGUUGAAGAUGUUCCAGAAUGCUAGGGACUGGUGCUCUAAGCUUUAAGAGGCAUGGUUAAGCAUAUGACGUUAUGAAUCUUUUUCUACAGUGUUUUGUUGUACGUUUGGUAUUUGCCGAGUUUUCGAAUCUGCUGUUUAGUGAGAGUGUUCUGACACUUGGGUCUACGUUUUGAAUUUGAUUAUACAUUUUCAUAUGAAGAAAUAAGAAAGUAGUAAUCGAGUA